AUGGCACUCUCAAAGCUGAGUGAUAAUGUAAAGUUGGAAAAUUUCCCAGAAAUUGGAGAUGAACCUCACCACCCAUCGCCUGAUUUCACGUAUCCGUUUCGGGAAUUCGGAUCAAAAAAGAAAAGAGCGUUCCAGCUCUCUUGGAUUAAAAAGUGGCCAUGGCUGCACUACAGCGAACAAAAUGACCGUGCAUAUUGUUUCAACUGUGUUAAGGCCUUCAAAGAGAAGAAAAUUUCGCCAAGAAAUGCCGAGCAAUCGUUCGUAACGACAGGCUUCCAAAAUUGGAAAGACGGAUCUGUGAAAAUAAGACAACACGCCGAAACUAAAUGCCAUAAGGAGUCGGUUGUUGUUACUGUAGAACUGGUAAAAAUCAAAGACAUCGGGGAACAAUUCAGUUGUGUGCAUGAAGAAGAAAAACGCGUCAAUCGCGAAAUGUUACUGAAGAUAUUGUCCAAUAUCAGAUUCUUAGCCAAACAAGCACUCCCGCUUCGGGGUCAUGGAGAUGAGACGCAUUCAAACUUUAUCGAGCUACUGAAGCUUCGAGGAGAGGAUAGGCCAGGAGUCCUUGAUUGGAUGAAGAAAAAAACCAACAAGUACACGUCCGCCGACAUACAGAAUGAAGUGCUACAAAUAAUGGCCCUGAAGGUUUUACGUCAAAUUGCCAACAACAUCCAUUCGGCGGAAUACUUCACCAUAAUGAUGGAUGAAACCACAGACGUAUCAAACAAGGAGCAGGUUGUACUGUGUUUCCG